AUGGCAAUGCACUUGGGCGACGAUGGGGAGGACACCGACAACUCCAACUCGGAUGACUUCGUCAACAACAACGAUGGUACAGACUCCAACAACGACGACAAUGCCAGCAGCUCCAGCAAACCCGACAAACUCACCGUGCACCUCGCGGCCCUGCUCCACGGAAUCAGCGACUGA